CGUACUGUAUAAGAAACAUCACUCGAGUUUCAUUGUCGUUUAAACUAAUUUCUUAUUUUGUGCUUGAUUAACUGUAGUCAAUUUAAAUUAUCAAAAUGGUCCUCGAACUGUACCAAUUACCCAUGUCUGCUCCUUGCCGACAAGUAAUGAUGGUUGGUAAAAUCCUCAACCUUUCUUUUGAUACCAAACCACUUUAUCUGAUGAAAGGCGAACACUUGCAACCCGAAUUUCUGAAGAUCAACCCUUUCCAUUGUAUCCCAACCUUGGUCGAUGAUGGAUUUGCUUUGUGGGAAAGUCGGGCGAUCAUGACUUAUUUGGUUAAUAAGUAUGCACCUGAAAGUAGUCUUUAUCCCAAAGAUGUGAAAGCUCGUGCAACUGUCGAACGAUGGCUUUACUGGGACACUGGUUCACUCUAUGCAACACUUUUCUCGUACUAUUUUCCUAUUAUCCAAGGAAUCAAACCAGAUCCAGCAAUCGCUACACUUUUCAUGGAUAAAGUCCAGUUUCUUGAUGAGGCCCUUGCAAACACCAAGUACUUGUGCGGAGACACCGUUACUUUGGCCGAUCUUUCUGUUUUGUCUACCAUAACAGCUGCUAAAGGUGCAGACCUUGAUCUCAGUACAUUUAAAAAUGUUGAUCGUUGGUUGAAGGAACUGGAAUCUAACUAUGCUAGUUGGUGGAAAGAGUUGGUCACUGACCCUGUUGAAGAAGCGCAAGGUUUCCUUCGAGCUAGACUUGCUUAGAACUCUGUUUGCAUUGCAUCCUUAAUCGGGUCCGGGUUUGGCAAUCAAAAGAUUUACUCAAUUUUCAUAAUCAUAAUAAACAUCCCAGAUAAAUCAUAUCAGCUAAAUUGUCAGUAAUAACUUUGGUUUAGCUUUAACUGGCAUUGUGAGCGAACAGGCCCAAAUCAAACGUCAUCUACACCUUUGAAAAGUUUAACAGACUCUGGACUUGAAUUUUAUAAUUAAAUUUCGAAACAGUUGAUCUAUUGAGCUGAAA